AUGGAACCCAUACGUUUGGCAUACAUUCAGGCUGAUGAUGAAUUUUCUGAAUGGCCCACCCAAGGUGAGAUCGCAUUUGUGGAUGUAGGCAUUUCUUGGAAUACUGCCGAGGAAAAUCCCUUACUCGACCGCAUUAACCUCCGGAUCGGUGCUGGGGAGAAAUUUGGCAUCCGUGGCAGGACUGGAAGUGGCAAAAGUACAUUGGGACUAUCGCCCCUUCGUCUCAACGAGAUUGUUUCAUCGAUGGAAAAGAUAUUGCCCUUAUCAAAGCGCCGACAAUUGAACCUAUUAUCAAGCUCACAAAUAAUUGAUGUACUUCAAUCUCACUCUAUCGCAGGGCCAGAAUUAGCUGUCCUGUUUGGCCAGAGAUCUGCUGAAGAGGAGCAGAGUUCUGCUUCUGGGUGA